AAGGCUCGAGAUGUGGCCGGGCCUCCAGCUGAAUUUCUGACCGUCGAGCUCGAGUCACAUGCUCGGGAAGACAUGCCUGGACUUCCAAGCUCAGGCAUGAGUGAGUUCCAGGAAGUGAUCCGGAUUACAAGCCAGUUUUUUAACCUGUCUUGCGGAGAACGUCGUCUUCCAUAGAAAUACCUAGAGCGAAGAUGGAAUCGUUGCACACUCCUCGCGUCGUCCACAGAAUUUCGUUUGUUUGCGUGGCGAUCUGCGUAAUCAGAGACUACUACUGUCAUCGCAAGUCCCAGGAUUGUAAUCACUCCCUGUUCACUAGCCGAUCGAUCCUUCAACCUGGGAAGCAGAUGUCAGUCGUCGAAGAAGUCGAUGCGCAGAUGUUUGAUGAGUUCGAUGGCGAGAUCUAGCGAUUCAGUUUCUAACGAUUCAGGCAUCAAUUUUCAAAACCUUAUGAAAAAAGUCAAUCAGCCUGCCCUCGCUCUUGUGCUGCUCAGUGGUGAACCAGGCAUCCCAUUUGACUGUUUAAGAGGUUCGGCUGUAUGGACCUGAACAACUUUGACUCGCGAUGUAUCCAAUUCCGUGGGCUGUUUGGCGUCAUUGUACUAGUUGCUCGUAGAUCGAGCCAGUAUGCCUCGCUGGAUGGUUAUCAAUCUUCCUUGCAUACAGUACUUGAAAGAUAUGUUGUGCUCCAAACGAUGCAGGUCUCUGCUUCUUCCGAUGUAGGAUGACAAGCUUUUAGUGUACCUGUUCCACAAGGUACACAUGUGUUUACUACUAAUGUUGCCUUUCGAUAACUGUGCUUAAUCGUCGAUUAAUU